GCGAUCGCGAGUGGUUAAGUUGGAUAUUGCCUAGGUAUUCUUAUUAUAUUAGGCAGUGCAGUGGAACACGGCAUCCGGUAAAGGGGCGGAACACAUGCCGCGGUAGUUUCGACGUAAAAAUGAUGCCACUGGGAAAACAGCGUACAGCUUAGAGCGCAAGCUGUCAGUCAGAUAAUUAUAUAAAUAACAUCGAUUACGCUGGCGAUAAAAAGGAUAACAGAAAUUCUUCUAAAUCCGCAAAACUACAUUUUUCUCAGGGUAUCAAAUAGUUAUUUAAUCUUCACUGCUACUUCCUGAACAGAUCUCCCUCUAUCUGUAACUACCCCUCCGAUAACCAUGAUAUCCCAAGAAAUCCAACUCAUCGCCAUCAUGAAGCCAUUGCCGGGCAAGAUUGAUGAGCUCGCCGCUCACCUAGUUGAAACAGGCAAAAAUAUUCAGCACACUGAACCUGGCACUUUAGCUUGGUAUGUUGUGCAACCAGAGGGAGGAGACGAACUAAUUGCUGUGGAAAGAUACAAGGAUGCCGAGUCUCUGAAGCUGCAUAGCAAGUCCGGCCACCUGAAGGCCCUCACUGAGGCUGCGGGCCCGCUAUUGAGGGAGCCGCCUACAAUCAAGGCCGGGCGCCAAAUUGCCGGGUUUAGGAGGGAGGAGAAGUUGUAAGGUUUUUUUUCUUUUUUUUUUUUUUUCGGCGCCAUGUUUUGGCGGGGGAGGGGAGAAGUUUCUUAUUGUUUUUAUCAUUGAGACAAUGUACAUAUUUAUAUAUGCGGGAUGACCGUUAUGGUUUUAAUUGAGCUAUGUAACAAAUGGACACCCUCUUGCGCAUACACAUUUACAAAAUUGGAUUGAACAUGAGCAGUGGGCAGAGGGAUGAAUCUGACUGAGACACGUCCGACCAUUAUUAUUACAGUUUUGGGAAGCAGAAAUUUUCCGAUACUCUUCCGAUAAACUGUAAAAUCACAUUUCGGGUUUUGUACUUACAUUUGGUGAGAAUUUUCUACAAGUUAUAUAAGUUAUUAGCAAAGCUGUACUCCGUACUAACUAGUGAGUUAUAAAAUUUUCUAUACAUAAUAAUGCGGGGAGCUGAUAAGGCUCGCUGUGCCCUUGCUCUGUAGCGGGCGAAGCUACAUGUAUGUAUGCUUUUCUAUAAUUUGUUUCCAGAGGCUAAAAUAUCCAACAGUUGCACGACAGGACAUGGGUUGAGCAGCGGCAGCAGCAGCAGCGCCAUCCUCGCAACAGCAACAGAGCAACAGCAGUGUAGAGUGCGCUCUAACAUGUGUGGGAGGAGAAAUGGGAUUGGACAUCCCAAUCAUUGCGAGGUCAUUUCGGGUGAUUCCAUCCAACAAGCUUUCGAAGAAAGUAGCCAUUUUAAAUAAUAUAUCUAGAGCAGCAACGAAACCUGUCGCUUGCUAUCUCCACGUCUAGUGAUCGGGAUACAAUCACCCUUGUCCAUGGUUGGAUGUAGCUAGUCAGCUAAAGAGACAACCCGGGAUGGGCCACAUGGAGGCGGCGGCACAGACUAGCUGCACGGAACAUCGAGGAGUUCGAGUCGCACAUAUAUA